AUGAGCGAUACUCCGAAUCUAGAUUCGACCUCACGCAAGCGCCGGAGGCCGGCAUUGAGUUGCGAACAAUGCCGUCGCCGAAAAGUCCGAUGCGACCGACAAAUGCCGUGCGGCCCCUGCAAAAAGGUGUAUGGGUCGAUGGACUGCUCCUAUGUCCAUGAAGGAAAAGCUGCCUUGGCCACUCGACGCGAUGCGAUGAGGACUAGUGAAAAUGAGUCCCCACCAUAUCUUGAAUCGCAGCAAGGUGUUGCUGAUAUGCCGAUGAGUGGCGCCGAGGGAGGUUCGAGUCGCAUCGCGCAGAUGGAAUGUACCAUUCGGGCGCUACAAGAUCGCGUUCAAAGCUUAGAGCAAUCAGCCCAGGGACGAUCUUCACAGUCACCACCAGAUGAAGAAAAUAUUGUCUUGGGAAUAGCGCGUACCAACGGCUCAAAAAAUCAUUUGGUGGAUCGCGACAGGCAGAUUGACGGCAGUAGACAGGAUGGAACCUGUCAGCCCCAGACACUAAUCGCACCAUUACAGCCUCGCCUGAAAGGAAAUGGGGAGAAAACGAGACUCUUUGGUACUACCCAUUGGGCGAUUGUACGCAACACGGCUAGUUAUUCCGAUGGAAAGCACAAUGAUAUCAGCAAACUCCUCAAGGAGGUCCGCUCACUGAGGCGGUUGAUCAAGGGUCGACAGGCCCCGCGACUUAUGGAUCCUACUCCGUCCCUGCUGAACGACCUUCCUUCGCGCGAGAUUUGUGAUGAGCUCGUGCGGCAUUAUCUGCGAACUCUGGGGCUCAUAUAUCGGGUCCUACACGUCCCCAAAUUUUAUGAAGAUUACGAGCGCUUCUGGGAACAUCGCGCGUCGGUUUCGACUGGAUUCAUGUUCAAGCUCCUGCUGAUUCUUGCUAUCGGUUCUAUCUUUCAUUGCAAUCCAGGGCCAGCCAAUGAAGUCGGUAUUCCUGUCCGCCGUUGGCUGUAUGCAACACAGUGGUGGCUUGCGGGUCCAUUCGAAAAAGAAUCUAAUAACUUAGAGGGAUUGCAAGUCCACUGUCUACUACUUCUCUGUCGACAAGCUUAUGCGAUCGAUAAAGAAGUGAAUUGGACCUCCGUGGGUACAUUGAUGCGACAAGCUAUUCAUCAAGGCCUUCAUCGUGAUCCAAAGAAUUUCCCGACACUCUCUGUAUUCGACAGUGAACUGAGAAGGCGCAUUUGGGGCACCAUAAUUGAAAUCAAUGUCCAACUAUCUAUUGAUGCCGCUAUGCCUCCUUUGCUAGGACCAAAUGAUUGUGAUACACUACCGCCUUCAAAUAUUGACGACAAGGACUUCGACCAAACAACUGCAUCGUUGCCAUCUCUCCGGCCCCGGGAAUUCUACACUAGUGCAUCUUUGCAAAUCCUUCUUUUGGAGUCAUAUCCACUCCGUUUACAGGUCGCACGAACGAUCAAUGAAUGCGCAAAGGCGCAGUCGUACGAAAAUGCUUUACAACUUGGUAAAGAACUAACUGCAUCCUGCAAAGAGAUGUCACAUUAUUUCCAUACGUUUAUUUCUUGUACUGGAGAUCAACCUAUGCCACCGACGCGAUUCCAUCAUCGACUGUUGGACACCUUACUGCGCCGCUUUAUUCUGAAUUUAUACCGUCCAUUUACCAUUGAAGCUACCCACGACCCGCGAUUCUAUCUUUCCCGAAAGCUCAGCCUGGAGUCCGCCCUCAUUAUGGCUUCCUACGGCGAUAUACCCACCGAUUCUUUCGAUAAUAAAAUGACCCAUCGAGACUUGCAGCGACUCUCCUUAUCAGGCGCCGGCAUAUUCAAGGGUUAUCUCUCUCUAGAUGUGAUGGUCGUAAUCGGCCUUGAGAUCAUCACACAAAUGGAGGAUGAGGUUGCUUGUCAACCCGCAGGAUCGAGCUCGUUGCCCUUUGACUCGGUAGAUCAGAUGGCCGAGGCAACUCGUGCGCCUCUUGUACAAGCUCUUGAAAAAUUGAUGGAUCAUCUCUAUCAAGGGUUGGCUGCUGGUAUCCCCAGCAUGAAACGAUAUUGCCUGCUUGGGGGUAUCCUGGCCCAGGUUCGGUCCGUCCCUCGCGGCCAGAAGGCAGAAUUGUCACAUAUUCGAGAGGCCUUCAUGGAAACUAUGCUCACAUGUCGAACUUUGCUUCAACAACAUAUUACUGGUGAAAAUCAGGCCUCCGUUGAAGACGGGAUACCCUCUCUUACACCCGCGGAUGGGAUAGCUGGCUGGACACCGGAAAGUGUGAUGGGAUCAAGUUUGGACUCGGAAUUCAUGAUUCCUAAUAUUGGGUUUGAGGACCUAAGCUUUUGGGAUAUCCCUGCUUUUGCUGACCCUGCUGUAUUCGACCCGCAACAGCUAGGAUAA